AUGAACACAUUGUAUCAGGGCCGCUGUGCCCUUCACUCAUGUAAUGUGCGUAUUGAAACAUGCUCCCCAGGACUUUUUUAUACUGCAGGUCUGAACCUUGAGCUAUUCCAAGCGGGUGGCGAGAAGUCCCUGCUGCGGACAUUGCAUCAAACUUUGUCUAGAUACGGCGGUCGCUACGAUGGCGAUCGACGCUCUCGGUCUCCUCACAGGUCCCCGGAUCGCUACAACGACCGCGGGCCGCCUUAUAAUGAUCUCGAUCGGCGCCGGCUUUCGGGCGAAUCACGCGCCAACCAGUCGGCUUUUGGUGCAAACAGAGAUGGAUACCACAACCCGCCGUUCGGAAGAGAGCCUCCUAGAGGGCCAAAGGCACUGAUAGAUGGUCCUGGUGGUCCCAGAGGUGGAUAUGCUGGCGAGUAUCGCGGGAGAGGCGGGCGCGGACGUGGAAGGGGUUUCCGGGACGAUAGUCGUGAUCGCGCACGCGAUCGCGAAGACCACCGCGUUGACCGUCGAGACCUGCAGUUUCGUGACGAAAGACUAGAGCGGACUGACAGAAGUAGGGAGCGAGAGCGCGAUUUUAGGCACCAAGGAGACAGCUUUCGCGGCCGACGUCCAUCUCCCCCCAGGCCGCGGUCCCCAAUAGGAAGGGAACGCGAUUUUCACAACCGCGACAGAGAUCGGGAUGUGCCCUUGGGCGUUGAUGGUGAGAGAGCCAGACGAGGCUCUCGCGAUGGUCCUCUCUCUGCGGGAUCUUCCAACUCGGAUCAGCACUUCGGGCACCAGAUGUAUCGCGGAAAUCCCAGAGGUGGUCGUGGUCGAGGCCGAGGCGAACGGGACCGGGGUGGUCGGGGUGGAAGGAACUCGAUAUACGAUGAUCGCGACCGGUACCGCAGCCGCUCUCAGGAUGGGCGCUGGGGAGGACGGGACAUGAGGGAUGAGCGCGAUGCGCCGCCAAGGAUUAUGGACGAUCAUCGACCGCCGAGAGACCCCAGAGAUCCCAGAGAUGAUCGCUCUCCUCGCGACCGCGAUCUUAUUAGGCCCAAGGCGGACAGAAAUUCUUUGACUCACGAGCAGCAACCGCAAGCCAAGGAAAUCUCGCCACCGCCCAUAGCGCCAUCAGCACCCGCAUAUGGGUCCAUAGUCCCCAACAGGAUUCCGUCAGCCGGAGAGAUACAAACCCCCACAGGCAAAGCGCCGCCUACCGGGCCACGCGCAUUGACAGAGGAACGGCCCGUAUCGGCCGGUCACCAGGCAGGAAGUGAUCGUGGGCCAUCUGUUGGGCCAUCCAAGGCUGCGAGUCACGAUGGAAGCCCCCCCAUACCGACGGGGCCUCGUGCACAGCAGCAACAGCAGCAGCAGCAGCAACCGCCGCAGCCAAGGCCGUCGAGCAAACAAUGGAUUAACCCAGCCAUUAAAAGAGUGCCCGACUCGCCCAAAUUGAACAGAUCGCAGAGCUUCGCAUCGCAACAUCCAAGGCCCUUCGAUCAUCGGCCUGCCUCUUCAGGCUCUGAGCGCCAAAAUGAGUAUGGAAAUCGCCCGACUAGCAGCGACGCCAAGUCAGAUGCGCACACGGAUAGUCACCUGCAUUCGCUACACAUGGCUGAACCCGGAGAGAUCCUACCCGAUCACGUCGUGAGGGAGACACAAUCUGCUAGGGCUUCGAUAGAUCGUGAGAUGCGACCACCUUGGUCGGCUGUAGAGACCACCAUGCCUACGUUCGGGUCAGCAGCGAGCAUUGCACGGGCUUCGCCUACCCGACAACGCCAGCCUACGGCGAGCCCUGUUAUGCAGAAGCACAGCAGAGACGGGCAGCUCACUCAGACUCCUGCGCAGACCCCGGCUCCACGACCAAGACCACGUCGCAAGCCCAUACUACGAGUUUCUGCAUCCCGUAUCAAUGCAUCGCCCAAGGAGACUCUAAUCCCACCAGUAGUUGAUCAAUCUUCUGACUCGGAUGAAGAGGAUAUGAACGAUUAUUUUGAGAUGGAGAUUCAAAAGGCCGAGGCGGAAAUCAAGAAGCUCGACGGCGAGGAGUCGUCAGGCUCCCCACAAGAUGCGAUUGCAUAUGCUCGUUUGAUGGUGAUGGCGGCUACACGUUUGAUUUCAGAGCCCAACGGGCUAGGAGAAAUUAUAGGAACGAUUCCUGAAAAGCAGAAAACGCCCAGGCAAGAGACACCGCCUGCUGGCUCUGAGAUGCAGGUAGAUGCACCUGUCCCAGAGCCACCAAAAACCAAGGCUGCAGCUGAUCCUCCUGCUCAACCUCCUGUUCAACCUUAUACUCAACCUUCUGCUCAGCCUUCUGCUCAACUUCCAACCCAACCUUCUGCUCAACCUUCUGUUCAACCUCCUGCUCAGCCUCUUGCUCAACCUGAACCCGUAACCAAACCCGAGACCACUCAAAAUGCAGAGAAGGUUGAGGAACCUGCCUCCAAUCCAGAACCCAAGAUCGAAGAUGAUGUUGAGAUGCAGGAUGCGAACAUUCCAAAUCCGGUCCCCGAAAAACCAGAGCCUGAGCCCGAGCCCGAGCCCGAGCCCGAGCCCGAGCAACGCGAUGUGGAUGUUGUCAUGGAAGAUGCCGCGGAACCCCCGCCCGUCGCUGCGCCAGUGCCAUCGGUAGAGCAUCAUGUGCCGAAUGGCGUGGUGACAAAUGGGGACGUGCCUGCUCCACCGGCUCCUGAGCAAGAAGCCUCCGUGGAAAAGCCUACGAGGCCCAAUUCGCCAGAUAAGAUGGAAGAAGAUGACGAUGCAACCGAAAUCGAUGACUCGGACUACGCCACGAUCGAGUCUGCACGGCAGUAUAUGGUCACACCCCCCUUGGAAGAUUUGCCCGUAUUUGAUGUGACCCCGUGGCACGAGGAUGGGGCGUUACUCAAGUCGUUUGUACCUGCAGACGGCAUCUCACAGCUUGUUAUGCAGCGGUUCAAACAGGAGUCUGGUUUGAAACUUGAGGAGAUAUCGGUCGCCCAGCGCGAUUAUCUCUCCAAGUACGAGGGAUAUGUACGUUCCAACCUCGCGGAUGCACCUGGUGGUGCUAAAUCCCGUGACAAGAACGGAGGCGCGGGUCAGGGAGGUGGAACUAGCCCGCGAACCGCUCCUGAGCCCAGACCGGAAGGAAGGAGGGCGGGCAGAUUCGCUACUGAAAGAGACCUUGAACGUGUUAUUCAGGCUAGCAGAGAAGAGGAAGAAGCUAGACGGGAAGCUGCCGAGAGAGCCAAAGAUAAAAAGGACGAGAAGCCUGUUUCGAAGGAGGCUACGAUUCCCAACAUGUUCUGGAACGAUGAAGAACGCGCCAAGGAACUUUUUAUCGACACCUCUGGCCUAGUCAAUACCGAAACACUCGUGGCGGCCUGGCACGUUCUCCCUCCUGUCUGCAAUUUCACAGAAGAGGAAGAGGCGUUGUUUGAAAAGGCCUACCUAGAGUUCCCCAAGCAGUGGGGUAGGAUCGCGGACCAACUGCCCAAGCGUGACUUCAAGUCGUGCAUACAAUACUAUUAUCUUAAGAAGAAGGAGUUGAACCUCAAGGAGAAGCUUAAGAAACAACCCAAGAAGCGUAAGAAGGGCCGUGGCAAGGCUAGGUCCAGCGCCCUUGUGUCUGAGCUUGGCAACGGCGAAAACGAGACCGAAGAAAACAAUGGCGAGGGCGAGAACGGAGAGCGUAGGCGCCCGAGGCGUGCCGCGGCUCCGACUUUCAAUUUUGAGUCUGCAGCAACGCCAAAUCAUGCCGACUCAGAUGGAGCUGGCUCAACAGGGACCCCGGGCCGCCGCGCCAACGCUGCCAACAAGGACGGGAAUGGAAACGAGAAGCCCGAGAAGAAAACAAGGAAGCGCCAGCCCAAGGAGAAGAAGACAGAGGUACCCAAGCUUGCUACAAACCUGGUACCGACGCCUCCACUGGCCACAAAGUCUACCACCAACCGUUCCAGGUCCAAUUCACGAGCCCAAGGGGGUCCGGAUUGGCCUUCACCGCAGAUCCCAUCCACGCCUGGAACCAUGCCGGUCUUGUCACAAGGGAUGCCACCACCAUUCGAGAUACCCUCACCUGGAAUGCAGCCUGGUGUUGUGCCUGCUCCCAUCGCUACUGCUGAACGGUCGCCGGCCACACCGUUGCCGACUGCUGCAAGCGAGCCCACUGCACCGCCCUUGCGCCCAGAUGUUCCGGCGCCAUCGCCACAAAGCAGCGUGUCAACUUUCGAAGUUGGACAGCCGUCCGGCUCCGAGCGUGGGCGUGCCCAGGGUGGAGCAUCCAGCUAUUGGAGUGUGUCUGAAGCGAACGACUUCCCGGCGUUGCUGAGGUCGUUUGGCACCGAUUGGGGUGCAAUUGCUGCUCACAUGCAGACCAAGACUGCGGUAAUGGUUAAGAACUACUACAGCCGUCAAAAGGACAGCGCGAAGCCCGAAUGGGAGCAGAUUGCCAUCGAGGCGGAUGUCAAGAAACAACGCGGACAGAAGCGCCCCCCUCCACCAACACCCACAGGCGGCGCUCGCGGAAAGAAAUAUGACACUACUCCGGCACCCAAUCUACCACGGCCCAUCGUCUCUGCAGAGUCAACUGAAGCUCCGAUGCAGGCGAAAGUGGAACCGCAGGGCCCUUCUCCGACCCAAGCACAACCCGUAUCGACGGCUCCGAAUCAGGCCUUUGGACGGUUUCAAGUGCUCGCUCCACAGGCUCCUCCUGUGGCUUCUCCGACAUCUACCGUAGCUCCAACCGCGCCCGCCCCACCGCAUGCUAUGCAGUCUCCCAUUGUGCAGAACCAGCCGGCAGCAGUACAACAAGCCAAGCCUGCUGUGGCACCCGUUGCCCAACAGCAGCCGCUUGUGCAGGCUGUAGUGUCGCCUAUUGCAUCGCCGUCUGUUUCGCAACCACACUCGCAGACGGUGUCUCCUCGGGCACGACCUGCGAGGGGACCAGGGAUUACGCCUUUUACGUUUGCUAACCAAGAGAUGGAACGGGAGCGCGAUCGCGAGCGUGAACCGCAACCGAUUGCAACAACCCAGCCACAGUCAGCCCGAGCGUCGCAGAAGCCCGUUGCCGCCGCAGCCGCAGCCGCAGCCGCAGCCUCCGCCGCCAUGCCGGGUCCUAGUCACAUGGAACCAUUGGCACCGCAAAGACCUACUUGGUCAAACAACAACAGCGACAUCGACGCUCAAAUCAACAAGAUUGCCCAAAAGCGGAACCAACGCAACGACGUCUUCAUACAGCAGCAGAUCCAGCAACAGGCACGGGAAGAGUCGAGACAAGGCAGCGAACGCUCUGUAAACACGCCGGUACACAGUCCGGCACCGGCCAGGCUCAAGCAAGAGCCGGACGUGCCGCACUUGUAUGAUGCGUACCCUCCCGCCCCUCCGGUUCCUCAAGCGCCUCCUAGGAGCGCUCCUAUGAGAAAUGAAGCGGCUCCAGUGCCAAGGCAGUCAGAACCGCCCCAUCCGCGUAUCGUUACUUCUGUACAGCCUGUUUUUGCUCAACAGCAGCCACAGCAGCAAGCACAGCCGCAGCCAAUUCAGCAGUUGAUGCAGCAGCCACAGCAGCAAGCACAGCCGCAGCCAAUUCAGCAGUUGAUGCAGCAGCCACAGCAGCAAGCACAGCCGCAGCCGAUUCAGCAGUUGAUGCAGCAGCCCAUCCCACAGCCUAUCCAGCAGCCCAUCCAGCAGCCCAUCCAGCAGCCCAUCCAGCAGCCCAUCCAACAACCCAUUCAGCAACCCGCUCAGCAACCCAUCCAGCAGCCUCCUCCACACAGGCCUAUGCACUUUGGCGAGCCUGGCCCGCCUGUCACUCCAUCUCACGGAUCUCCGAUUGGUAUCGAGAGGCCGUUGUCAAGGAUUCAGCAGCGCCCAAUGCCUUCGGUACUCAUGGAGCAGCAGCAGCAGCAACAGCAGCAGCAACCACCACCGAGAGAGUCUACACCUCAGCAGCCUCCUCCCAUGGCCGCUCCACCAGUGCCUGCACCAAGGCCUGCUGCCAAGACGUCUAACUUGAUGGCCCUCCUAAACGAUGAUCCGCCGCCACCGCCAGCUGCUCCUCCCGCCAAGAGGGUUGUUGACGUGUCAGCAAACAACAAGGUCAAGGUUUCCUCGACACCUCCACCAUCUGUCGUUACACGCCCGCCGCCGCCACCUCCCCAGUCCGCUGCACCUUCGCCGCUGCGUGAGAGUCAGACUCCAAUGUUUUCACAAUAUCUGCGCAACACUCCUACUACUUCGGGGGUGCCAUCACUGAAACCGUACGGUUCGGUCAAUACCCAGUCUCCACAGCCACAGCAUAUGAGCGUGCCCAGACAGGCGGUUUCUGGUCACCCGAUGGAACAAGCGCCGGAGCGCGACUACUAUGGUCGACCACAAUAUCCUCCGCAGCACCAGUCCCCUGCAACCAACUCUCCCAGCGGUCAUCACUUUCCUCCGUCCCAGAGUCAGCAGGCACCGGCAGGGUACCAAGGACAACCAGCGCCGUAUGCUGCUCAAUACGGAGCACCGGUCACGCAGCCGCACUCUGCAUCGCCAACGCCACAAUAUGCAGUACAGUCCUCCAGGCGUGACCCAGGACCACCGCCCCCUAACCGUGGUGAGCCAUCAUGGCAGCAGGAGAGGACACCAAUGCAAACCACUCAACCGCCGCUGCACUGGUCACAGCAGCCACCUCCUCCAAAGCACAGUCAGCCUCCACCACAGUCUGCAUGGGGCGCACAACAUGGCGGACCCCCCAAGCCACCUUCUUCAGGAGGACCGCAACAAGGUGCAUGGUCGGGUGCCCCCCCUCCAGGGCAACAGCCGCCGCCUCAUCAUCACAUGGGAAUGCGGGACGACAGGGGAUAUGCUAUGCAUGACCCUCGAGAUUCCAGAGAUCCCCGGGAUCCUAGGGGAGAUCCAAGGGCAGACCCGAGAGGUGACAUGCGGGGAGAUCCUAGGGCAGACAUGAGGGGAGACCCAAGGGGAGACAUGAGAACAGACCCACGAGACAUGAGGACGGAUCCCAGAGACAUGAGGACGGAUCCCAGAGGCGACAUGAGGCAGGAUCCAAGAGCGGAAAUGAGGGAUCUAAGGGCAGAUAUAAGGGCAGAGAUGAGAGAUUCAAGAGAAGACAUGAGAGGGGAUCCAAGAGAUAUGAGGGGCGUUAUGCGCGAGAGGGAAAUGCGAGAUGUGAGAGACCCGAGGGACCCUAGAGAUCCUAGAAACCAGCCUCCUCCCGGCGGCGGGAUGGUGCAACAUCAACACGGCCCUCCGCCCCCUCAGCACUACCAGCAACAUGCGCCGCCUCCGCAGCAUCAUCAACAGCACCCGCACCACCAGCACUCACACUCGCUGAGCGGGCAUCAAUACCCACCUCCACCUCCUAGGGAUGAUCGGCAGGGUCCGCCCCCGCCUCAGCAGCAACAGCAACAACAAGCUCCGCCGUACCCCAGGUAUGCUAGCACUCCGGGGCCGGGAAUGACUAGGGAGCCGAUCCCGCCGCCGCCGAGGAGUUACACGCCGGUCAGCGCCAUGUAUGACAGAGGUGGUCCGCCGCCGCAACAGCAGCAAGCCUAUGGUGGGCCGCCACCACCACAAAGGGGCGACCCGCUCAGGGAUCACAUGCAGAUGAGAGGUGACAUGGGUGGGAUGCCGCCGAGAGACCCGAGGGAGCAGCAACACCUGCAACAACAACAACAGCAGCAGCAGCAGCAACAGCAACAACACCAACACCAACAUCAACAGCAGUCAAUGCUACAGAGACAACUGAGACCGCAUGAGGAGUAUUCUGGUCGGGAUCGAUACGGGCGAUAG